CCGACACAUACACCCGUUGAAACAGGUCGAUGGAGUACUUGAACAGUAUCUUGAAUCAGCCUAAUCAGGUGCAACUGGCCGAAGAAGCCAUUCCCACCUUAUGUAAUCGGUUGGAGCAUGCAACGUUGUCGUCGGAUAGGAGAUCAGCUAUCUUAGGAUUGAAAAGUUUUAGUCGACAGUAUCGAGAAUCUGUAGUAGAAUAUGGGUUAAGACCAUUAGUUUCGACCUUAAAGAAGGAUAGUAAUAAUCCUCAAGUAGUUAAGGCCAUUUUAGAAACAUUAUUGAUUCUAAUUAUUCGAGGUGAAAGUGAUGAAGAUCUUACAAAGGGACUUAUAUCUCAACAAUCUCGUAUACUUAAUGGGAAGUAUCCUUCACCAUUAUUAAUUGAUGAUAUUUCUAUGGAUCAAAUAUCUAUAUGGAUUGCCGAUGAAUUGACUAAAUCGGAAGAAGUUCUUGGACUUUUAAUUGAGAUAACUCUGGAUAAUGAAGAUUUUCAUAUAAGAUUAUAUACUCUUCAAUUAUUAGAAGCCUUAGUUUCAAGUCGUCCAAAUCGUACUAAAGAUUGUCUUUUAAGUAUCCCCACUUCAUUAUCCACUGUAGUGGCAUUAUUAAAUGAUAAUAAUGAUCCAGUUAGAAAUGAAGCUAUCUUAUUACUUAUGGGAGUUGUCAAUAAUAAUUUCAAUAUUCAAAAACUUGUUGCAUUUGAAAAUACUUUUGAUGCAUUAUUCGAUAUAAUUGAAGAAGAAGGUGGUAUAAGAGGUUCUAUUUUAGUUCAAGAUUGUCUUACAUUGAUUACUAAUCUUUUACAAUACAAUGCAUCUAAUCAAAAGCUAUUUCUUGAAACUCAAUGUGUACCUAAACUAGCUAAAUUAUUAGGUGAACCAGUGGAUGAUAUUUAUGAAGAAGGAGUAUUUGAUGAGAAUGGAUUCCCCGUAUUAAUCCCUCCUAUUGUAUGGACUGAUCAAAGACUUUUAAAUAUGACUAUUGCCUUGGAAAUUUGCAAGACUUUUGUAUCAGAAGAUAAUGAAUUUGUUAUACAAAAUCAAGAACAAUUAUUUAAUUCAGGGAUACUAUUUAUUGUAUUGAAAUUAGUAUUUUCACCUAUAACUCAUAAUACAAUUAGAUCCAUAUCUUUAUUGACAGCAGCAGAAUUAAUUGCUGGAAAUGGACUUAUUCAAUAUCAAUUCUCUCAAAUUGAUGUCCCAUAUAUCGAUCCUUCUUUACCAGUUCAAUUACAAAGCUAUAGAUCUAUUCCUGUAACCAUUGCUUUAUUGAAUUGGUCAUUGUUUAUUAACUCCGUCCAUAACUUUUCCAUUAGAAUAGGAGCAGCCAAGUGUCUUCAAGCCUUCUUUAAGAACAAUCAAGACUCCAAGUCGGCGUUUCUAACUGAUCAAAUCAAAGCAUACACUAUUCCUGAUUAUUAUUCGAGUAUAGUGGAAGCUGAAGAGAAUGGGAAUGGGAAUGGAGCCAAUACGACCAAUGGAAAUGGCAAUGGCAAUGGCAAUGGAGCUGGUGAACAUCUUACUUUGCCUCCGUACGGUAACAUCUUCACCGUCCUUAUGGACUACGACGCCGAAAUCAAGUUGAACCCCUACAAGAUCUGGUUUGCCUCCUUAAUUGCCAUGUACUUAUUUGAAGACACUCCUGAAAAUAAGAAAAUCGCCAGUAAUGUUAAGACGGGAGAUGAACAAAUUGGUGAAGAAGUUAUGAAAUGUAUACCGGCCAUGUCAGGAUUAUUACUUACCACUCUUGAUGAAAUGGAUUCUCGGAUUUGUAUUGGAUACCUUAUGUUAUUGUCGGUAUGGUUAUUUGAAGAUUUCGAAGCCGUGGAUGAUUUCCUUAGUGAUCCCUCAAUCAUUCGAUCUUUAUUGGCCUUUGUAUCGGAUAACUCAUCGGAACUGAAGGUUCUUGUGCAGGGAAUGGUAUCAGUUCUUGUGGGAAUCAUCUAUGAAUUCUCGACUAAGGAUUCACCAAUUCCUCGAGUAGAAUUACAUGCGCUUUUAGUGAAAUCUUUAGGUAAAGAUAACUAUACUUUAAAAGUUAAACAGUUUGCUGAUAACCUGUUCUUUAAGAAUUGGGAAGAUGUGGUGAUUGAAGAUCGUCAGGAUGUUACUGGGUUACCGGAUGUAUACUUUGAUAGAAUCUAUGUUAGUAUGAUUAAGGAGAACUUUUCCCGAAUCAGACGAGCAUUAUUUCAUGAUCCACUUGUGGAACCUAAAGCCCAGAUCACUUAUGAAGCGUUUGAAGAAGUCGAAGAGAAGGUGUCUUCAUUGAAGAGAGAUUUACUAAAGGAAAAGGAACGAGCAUUGACUGUGAAGACUGACCUCUCCGAGAAGGUGACUCAAUUGACUGAAUCAUAUAAUGAGUUACAAACCGUAUCCGAUAAAGCCCAAGCAGAACUCGCCAGUCUACAGGAACAACAUGCGGUUCUUCAACAGUCGUACGAUGAAACCAAGAAGAAUCUUGAAAUCAUGCUGAAAUCCAAAUCAGACUUUGAAACAAAGACUUUGAGUUAUCAGAAGGAACUUGAAGAUACUCUGAAGCGAGCCAAUAUUUCGACCGAUGCUCUUAAACAAUUAGAACUGAAAUUAGAAGCCACUGAAGUGGCCAAGAGGAAAUUGGAAGAUGGAAUUAAUAAUAUGACUCGAGACUUAUUCCAACUUAAGAAACAAAAGAAUGAUGGAGAAACCACCAUUAAGGCAUUGGAAAGGGAUGUAGCACAUAAUAAGAAUGAAUUGAAUAAAGUUAAGAAAGCCUAUGAACAACAAAUCGCCAAGUUGACGAGUUCUACCAAGGAGCUUCAACAGUCUAUUGAUGGACUAAAUAAGAAAGUCGUGUUUAUAACUACUGAAAAGAAUACAGCCAUUAAGGAGAUGAAGGAUAAGUUGGAUGAUGCAGAAGCCAAUAGUGAACAUCUUAUGGAUAAGUUACGAGCCGCUUCAGUGGCCUUUCAAGAACUUAAACUGAAUCAAACUACUUUAGAAGAUGAAGUUAGUCAUUUGAAAGCGCAACUAUCUGAUCGAGAUGAAGAUCUUAAACGAGUUGAAAGUGAAUUGGCAUUGGCUCGAACUGAAAAGGAAACGGUUCAGACUGAGCUAAGUGCCCUUCAACAACGGACUGAUGAAGAGGUUGUUAAAUUAAAGGCUCAACUUGAAAGUAUGGGGAUUACUAACAAUACUCUCAGUGAAACCAAUAAACUGCUUGAAGGAGAAAUCGGUAAACUUAAGGAGAAUUUGGCUAAUGAAGUGCUUAAGUUUGAGUUAUUCUCUCAGGAUAAUGAUAGUGCCAUUCAAGACGUUAAUAGUAAGAAUAAAGAGUUAACUGAGCAAUUACAAACAGCUCAAACGGCCCAUUCUGAUAUUAAAAGUAAGCAUGAUUCCUUAGUAGCUCAAUUAACCCAAUUGAAGGAUACUGUGGCUGCCAAAGAUAGUGAACUUGAAUUAAAAAGUACUACUUUAACUACUGUUCAGAAUACUUUGGAUACUCUCAAUAAGACCCAUGAUGAAGUGAAGGCUAAACUUGAAAAGUCUCAGGAGUCUUAUGGUCAAUUGGAGACUCUGUUGAAGGCAGCAGAAGCUAAAUUGGUGGAGGAAGUAGAGGUUUGGAAGAAGAAGCUUGAUACAUCGGCAGAAGAAGUAGCCAAGAAGCAGGAGGAGUUGAAGAGGGUGUAUGAGCAGCAUGAAGCUAAGGUUCGAGAGCUUAGUGAGGGGCAUGGAGUGGAGAAAGAGAAGUUUAGUGCAGAGAAGGAGAAGUUAGUCGAAGAGAAGACUCAGUUGGUUGAAGAGAAGACUCAGUUGACUCAAGAGAAGACUCAGUUAGUCGAAGCGAAGACUCGGUUGACUCAAGAAAUGACUCAGUUGACUCAAGAGAAGACUCAGUUGACUCAAGAGAAGACUCAGUUGACUGAACAAACUGCAUCUCUCACCACUCAAAUCAAUACCUUAAAGAAAGACCUUGAAGCCGCUCAAAACAACCACACCUCCAUCCAAUCCACCUUAGAAAAGGCUCAUAAGGAUCAUGAAACUUCUAUCAAAAGCCUCAAGGCAGACUUGGCAGCUGCUUCCGACAGUACCAAGUCACUAACAAAAGAACUAGAAACAGUCAAAGCUCAACAGAAGCAAUCCGAACAAGCCUUAGUUGACAGUGAACGAAUCAUUACUGAACAUAAGGAACUUGUGGAUACUCUUAAACAAGAUAAAGAAGAACUUGAAAACAAGAUCAGCCAGCUUGAGAAGGCUAGUCAAACUAAGUUAGAAGCCAUUGAGAAAGCUAGUCAAACUAAGUUAGAAGCCAUUGAAGAAGAUAAGUCCAUCUUAACCGAACAAUUGAGUGCAUUCAAAAAGAUCAAUAGUGAAUCCUCUAGUAAACUCAAGGAAUUACAGGCCUUAGUAGACUCGACUACCACCAAACUUACAACCAUUGAACAAGAGAAGAGUCAACUUGAAACCACCUUGAAUCAGCAAAUUGAAUCAUUAAAAGAAAAGAGUCAACUUGAAACCACCUUGAACCAACAAAUUGAAUCUUUGAAACAAGAAAAGUCUGAAUCUGAGAAAGCCUUACAAACUGAUAAUGCGGGUUUAACUAAGGAAAUCACAGGCUUAAAGGCCGAUAUCACCAGUAAAAACCAAGCCAUUACUGAAUUGAAAGACCAAUUAAAGUCUAAAGCCCAGGAAAUAGAGAAUGAACGAUCGAUACUCAGUCAAAGCUCAGAAACUGCCAUCAAGGAAUUGACAGAAAAGAUCACUAAUCUUGAAAGUCAGCUCACUUCAGCUAAGGAUGUUCACGAGAAGAAAUUAGCACAAGUAGAACAGAAUAAGAAUGACUUACAAUCAGAGAUCGAUACUUUAACCAGUACCAUUAAAGAGUUACAGGCAGUCGAAGAACAAUCGAAAUCAAAGAUUAAAGAGACCCAACAGAAAUUAACGGAAUCUGUCAAAGAACGAGAAGCCGUCGUCAAAAAGGUGGAUGUGUUACAAAAGUUAGUGGACUCAUUGAAAGCAGGGAAAGAAGAUGUAGAGACUCAAUUAAACACCAGAACUUCUGAAGUAAGUAAAUUACAAGAAACUCUUAGUCAAUUAGAAGCUGCUAAUGGUCAGAAUAGUGAAGAACUUAGUGGUCUUAUUACUAAAAAGUCAUCGUUAGAAGCGCAAGUAACUCAAUUAACUGAACAACUAACUGGUAAGGAGAAGGAAUUGUCAGACACCUUAAAAUGGAAGUCUAUAUCGGAAGAUCAAGCCAGUCAAAUCACCAAGCUUAAAGCUGACUUUGAAGACCUUCAACAACAAUUGAAGGCAGAAACUGAUCGGAGUGCUGAACUUUCUAACUCUGUGUCCACUUUAGAGGCAUUGAAACAAAGCAAACAAGAACUCGAAGAUAAAUUGAACAGUGUUGAAGUCAGUCUCGAAGCCAAGACACAGCUGAAUUCUGAAUUUGAACUAACUUUGAGUGCCUUGAAGCAGGAUUUUGAAUCAUUAACUUUGGCUAAAGCCAGUGCUGAAGAGAAGCUUACCAAACAGAAUAAAGAUUUAUCUGAUAAGCAGAUUGCCUCGGUUAGUCAAUUGAAAUCUGUGAGUGAGAAGGUUACUGAUUUAGAGAAACAAGUUAAGAAAGCUGAGGAAGAGUUAGAGGCUGCUAAGGCUAAAGUAGUAGCUGCUGAACAAGAGACUAAGCUUGUCCAGGAGAAAUUAGACGCAUCUGUCUCAACAGCCCAGGGCUCUGAAACCUCAUUAAAACAAGAGCUUGAAGCAACUAAAGUUAAGCUUGUAGCUGCAGAAAAGGAAGCUAAAGUUAUCCUCGAGAAGCAUGACAAGUUACAAACUGCUACUGAAAAGUCUGAAUCUUCACUCAAGGAAGAAUUAGAAGCUGUUAAGUUCAAGCUUAUAGCGGCUGAGAAAGAUGCUAAACUUGCUGCUGAAAAGCAUGAAUCCUUAAAGGCCAGUGUAUCCACUGCUCAAGGGUCUGAAGCUGUAUUGAAACAAGAGUUAGAUAGUGUUAAAUCAAAACUCGCAGAUUCUGAGAAAGCUUCUAAGCAGUUAGAAGCUAUUCAAAGUUCUGAAGCUUCAUUAAAGGACCAAUUAGAGGCGGUUAAGUCCAAACUUGAACAAGCUGAAAAGGAAGCUAAACUGGUUACUGAUAAGUAUGAUAAACUACAAGCUACUGCUGAGAAGUCUGAGUCGUCACUAAAGGAAGAGUUACAACUGGUGAAGAGUCACCAAUUAGAAUUAGAAAAAUCCCAUACUGAGUUAAAGACCAGUCAUUCCACUAGUGUUGAACAACAUGAAAGUGAACGAGAAAGAGAUAGAAAAGAAAUAGAACGACUUAAAGCUCAACUUAAACAGCUUGAAAAGGAUACUGUGGCCAAAUCAGAAUUCGAUGAUAUGAUGUUGUUGAUGACCGAUAUGGAUGAGAGCACUAAGAAGUAUAAGAAGCAGGUUAAGGAGUUGGGAGGAGAGGUGUCUAGUGAUGAGUCUGAUGAUGAAGAAGAGUGAUAUAGUUGAGUAAUAUAGUAAUACAUAAGUAGUACACAGUAAUAAUACACAGU